AGAGCCGUUUUGACAAGACCUUGUCAUACGGAAAAUGGCCACUAUAUGUGAUGGCGGAGAGCCCCUCAUACUGGGAGGGGCCGAUGGCGUCGUCCUUCCAUUGGUCCACAUCAAAAGCCAGGUUCUGGGCGGCAUCCUUUAUUUCAUCGGGCUGAUCUGGUGCUUUCAAGGAGUCGGAAUAAUAUCAGACAAAUUCAUGGAGGCAAUCGAAAAGAUCACAUCCGCAAAGAAACAGGUUAUGGUCAGAUCCGGUACAUCCAGUACUGAAGACUCAGAUCCUACGAGCAAGGGCACUGAAGUUGCAACGAAGAGCGAGCCACGAAUGCGGACCGUCAAGGUCUGGAAUGACACAGUGGCGAACUUGACUCUGAUGGCCCUGGGUUCGAGUGCACCUGAAAUCCUUUUAAGCGUGAUCGAGCUACUCCCGAACAAGAUGAAGAGCGGCGCUCUUGGUCCAUCCACCAUCGUGGGCAGUGCAGCAUUCAACCUCCUGAUCAUCACUGCAGUCUGCGUGUCAGCAAUUCCAGACGGCGAGUCGCGUAGGAUCAAGGACAUAUCGGUCUUCACAGUCACUGCGACCUUCUCUGUAUUUGCAUAUCUGUGGCUCGUCUUCAUCCUAGUGAUUAUCACCCCAAACGUGGUCACACCUGCUGAGGCCGUGCUUACCAUCCUUUUCCUACCCAUUUUGGUCAUAUUGGCAUAUUUGGCGGACAUUGGCGUGUUGCACAAAGUGUUGGGUACAAUCAAGCCCACCAAGAGGUUGGUUUUUACAAAGGACACUCCCAAGGAGGAUUACGUCAAAAUGCUCGCGCAGCUGAAGGAGAAGUACCUGAAGUUGCCCACCGAGGACCAGGAGCUGCACGUCUUGCUGCGCUACGAGUUCCCAGAGAACACCUCGCGCGCAGUGCGUCGCCAGGAGGCCCUCCGCAGCAUGGCGGGGCAGCCGCGGCGGCAGGACAACUACUUGAACAUUUUGGGCAAGGACGUGUCGCAGUCGAUGAAGCCAAGCACCGCCAACGGCAAGGCCCAGGGUUGGGGCCAGAAAGCUGGGUCUUUCAGCUCAUGGACCAGCGAGAGCCGAUUUACGGCCGCCGCCCCCGCGCGUGUACCUUGUGCGGGACAGCUCGUUUGUGGGGGUGGUGCGCAAGAGUCGUGUCCCCAGGGGAUGUACACAACCCCCGCUCCGCGGUUUUCUGCUGGAUUAGCUCCCAUGCUCCGCUAACCGUGGCUCACACUUGGCCUGGCGUUCUGUGUGUAUUGAGUGGACGUUGGGGUAUGUUAGCUGAGCUGGUCCGGCACGGGAGUCAGUUUCGAUUCGGCUUGGUUUGCGUCGCGCCGUGCGUGCGAGGGA